CAAUUGCGCCUUUAUCGCUACUUCAUCACAACUUACUCCUGCUGUCAGAAGUGUUGGCACCGCGAGCACUGGUUUAUAUGCAUUGGUUAGCUACCACGACUUCGCUGAAAACUUUUCUCCAUCAUGGUGUUACUAGAACCCAGCAGUGUUCCACAGCAGGAUGAAACAACGCAGGAAAGCGAAGUGAAACCGUUCACUGUUGAAAUCUUAAAACUAAUCAAGGAUUGCCAUCAGCAGCAUGGUCUUCGCCACGGCGACUUCCAGCGGUAUCGCGGCUACUGCACACGGCGUAUUGCGCGUCUGCGGUCUGUGCUGAAACUUCCACAAGGUGAUCGCAGACAUUACAAGAAAAGAGAUGUUACUGAAGCACACAUUAACAGUCCAAAGGCAGAUGAGCGUUUUCUGCACGUGCCGCUUAUGCUGGCGGAACGCAACUGGGCGUACGCGAUGCAGUUGAGACAGGAGGCAAACACAGAGCCUAGGAAAAAGUUUCAUUUUAUUCAGAAACUUAGAAAAGCCUGUGUUUACUCACUACUGUUAGAAGAGUUAUGUAUUCUGGAUAGAUGUGAUGCAAGAACAAAAUUAGAAGCACAGGCUUACGUUGCGUGGAUGCACGGCACUCUGCAUUUCGAGCUGCAGUUAUGGGCGAAAGCCACUGAGAAUCUUACCAAGGCUCAAGUAAUCUAUGAGAAACUAGCUUCUGCUUUGCCUGAAGAUGAGCAGGCUUGUUACAAGCAACGCGUGGAAGAGAUUUCACCUAGUUUGCGCUACUGUGCGUAUAAUAUCGGCGAAGAUAAAGCGGUGGAUCUACUCGAAUUACGAUCACAAGGUAUCCUCGAGAAUUUCGACACGUUAGUGUCACAGACAAAGGAAAAAACCGCUGCAAUCCUGCAUGAAAUCAAGUGGUUUGAUAUCAAUGUGCCCAUUCGUAUGGAUCGCGUAAAAAUCUUUCUGCUCGCCAUUGAGAAUCUUGACGAUUCAAUCAACCGCGCUGAAACUACACAAGCCAAGAUCAAGAUCAUUGAAGACAUGUUCAUUGACUUGCGUGAUAUUAUUUCCGAAGUACGCAAGGAUCCGAAAGAGCAGUUGGUGUUAUCCUACUUGUUGUCGAUCCGUAUCGAUCGCACUGUGCAGCGUAAUCUGCUGCUCAUUCGCCAGACGAAGAAACCGCAGGAUAUCUGCAGGCUGCUGGAUAUUAUUAUCCAACAGCACACUGAAUUAAUGCAGUUUGAACAAUUGGUGGAUAAUGCCAAGGCGCAGGCAGCUUAUAGCCAACGUCUGGAUGCUUACAGAGCUCUGCGUGCUUUUUACAUGGCGAAAACGCAUGCUUUGUUCCGCCGUUGGAAAGAAGCCACAGCCACGUUUGAUAUCUGUGAAGAUCGUGUCAGCGCGAUCAAGAAGAAUAAAUACGAUGGUAUUUUAGGCGAGAUGAUUAACUACGUCGCUGAGAAAGCGGAUUUGGAGCGCGCGGUUGCUCAUGCGAAUGUUGUGCUAGAGAAACAUGAAGAGGAGGCAGCGCCAGUGCCGCAGAAACAGUACAAGAGUAAGAAACCGCUCAUGGAGCGGUUGGAUGAAUUCCGUGAGGAUCCGCAACUACUCACCAAGAAUCCCAAUGUGGUGCCGGUGCCGAUUCCGAUGACGCCGGUCUCCCCCAAGCCGCUUUUCUAUGAUCUGGCGUUGAAUUAUGUGCAGAUGCCGGAAGCGUUGCAGGAUAUGGUUGAGGGCACCAAGAAGGAGCAGAAGCAAGGCGCUGGUAUCUCUGGUUUCGUCAAAGGCUUGUGGGGCUGGGGAAAGAAAUAAAUAUUAAUUUUAGUUGUUAAUUCAGAAGUGCACAUUAUACACAUUACUGCCGACGCAUUUGCAGUUUUUACAAAUGUUUUAUUGACAGUAUACAACGGACAUCAGCAUUACUUUGUUUCUUGCAGACCUGACUAUUUUGAGUUUUUGAUUUGGACUUUUAUGUGGUGGAAUGUACGAAUACUUUUUUGUACUUUGAUUAAGAAUAAAUACAAUUAGACAUA